UAAUCGAAAAAUGUUUGCGGCGGCGUUAGGAUGUACGAAAACGUUUUCUCGCCAAAACCAAAAUUGUGUGAAUAGCAGUAGAAGCUUACCGAGAAUAAAAUGUAUUAAAUCGCGCUCCGUGUUCUAAAUAAGAUCCAAAUAAGAUUUAUGAAUCCGGGAGUGGAAUUUUAGUGCAGCGGUUAUACAUAAUUAUUUGUGAAAAACUAUACUUUUAGUCAAGAAGUGAGGGAGGAAAAUCGUUGAAAUUUGUGGAUCCGUGUGCGAGAUAUUAUAGUUGGUAGUGCAAAAUACUGCGUAAAACGUGAAAGUUUCCAAUAACAAGCGAACGACGGCAGUUUGUAGUAAAUAUACAUACAUACGAGUGCGAUUCGAGUACAUACAUACACAUUUCGAAUAUACACACAGCCGAAUAUCAACCGAAACCGAAGCUAGUGCUGAUUGGAAUCCAAAGAGAACUACGUGGCAGAUGCGGAAAAGCAGCGCAGCAGCAUCACCAGUAGAUAGUUAGCAGGCGCAUCCACUCCAGUCUCUCUCUAUCCUUCGAAUUAAAGCGCAUUUGCCGCUGGCGGGGCGAUCAAAUGCAUAGACAACAUAUGUCGCAUCCACGAGCAGUCACAGACCAAGAGUUGCGACCCCGACCGUUCGUUGCAUACUAUAUACGCUCAUAGAGGGGCGGCCGCACGUGAGGGAGCAUCCCGCACCCCGCACCCCCGUUAGCUAUCCAGCCCAAUCAGCGUCCUUGCACCUGGGCAAGGAUCUAAACUAAGAUUGAAAGGAGGAGCACAGAACUAAUAGCUCCACCGAGGACACAACAACGAGAAGAUGAUGAAACGCACCCGUGUCGACGAGGUGCAGUUCGGGACACGGCCCGGCCCACCGACAGCCGGCGGUGUCGGCGUGGGUGUCGUAGGCGUGGCCGGAGGAGGGCCAGCGUCAGCAACUGGCGGAACAGCCACCGUGGGCGUCAAUACAGCGGGCGUGACAAUAGGAACCGUUGUUCCCAGUGCCCACAACCCGAACAUCAGUGGCAUUAGCUCGAUCCACCAUCGGAUCCUUACUCCGCAGCAUGGAGGAGCUCAGACCAUUGCCUAUCUGCCGUCCACCACACCGACGGCCACUAAUUUGAAGACCAGCUCCAUUGUGGACAGCACCACGGCUGGGGGAGGAGCAGUAGCCGGAACCCAGACGGUGGGAGGAGGCGUUGGAGCUGCCGGAGGAGGCGGCGGCAGCGUAGUUGUCUCCACAGGCAGCACAGGCACACAAACACUACAGUAUACCACAUCUUAUAGCGUGGCUUCCAUUCAGGCGGGUGGAACCCUCAAGCCCGGCACAGCGGACGCCCCCAACACAGUUCAGAUCCACGUGACUGGAGGUGGCGCCGGAGCUGCCAAUGCAGCUAGUGCGCAAACAGUAUCGAGCAGUUCUCAAACGGGCACAAUCCGGCAGCGCACAAUCAGCGGCACCCAGACGGUGGCCAGUGCCGUGGGCAACCUCGCCAGCAUGGCCCAGCAGGCGCCGGCUCAGCAGGCCUCCUUGGCUGCGGCCCUAACGCCGCCAGCUUCGGUGUCGGGCAAUAGUGUUCCCGGAGGAGCAAGUACCCCACCGCAGGGGCAGCCUGGCAACGCCACGCCUCGUCUGAAGGUGGAGGACGCCCUCAGUUAUCUCGACCAAGUGAAGUUCCAGUACGCGGACCAGCCGCAGAUCUACAACAACUUCCUGGACAUCAUGAAGGAGUUCAAGUCGCACUGCAUCGACACUCCAGGAGUGAUUGAGCGCGUCUCCACCUUGUUCAAGGGACACACCGAGCUGAUCUACGGCUUCAACAUGUUUCUUCCGCCGGGCUAUAAGAUCGAGAUCCACUCCGAUGCCCUGGGAUGUUCGGUGCCGGUGGUAUCGAUGCCCUCGCCGCCGGGAGCCCCCACCAGCACUGGAACAGUCCACAUGCUGACCGGAAGCAGCCCCAUGGCAGCAGCGGCUGGACAUGUCGCCAUCAAGACAACGAAUGCCGCCACCCUGACUCCUGCACCAGGACCCGGGAGCGCUGUGGCUUCUGCAGCGGCCGUGGCGCAGAUCCAGUCUGCGGGAGCCGUGAAUCUGAUGACCCAUGGCGGAGCGUCGCUCAGCCAGACCACAAUACACGCUUUGCAGCACCAGGCGACGCCACCGCAGGCCCAAUCCCCCGGCGGCGGCCAUGUUCACGUCAGUGUGACUAGUGCGGCGGCGCCAGCGGGUGGAGUUCCCGGCCAGCAGCCUCCUGGCAUCUCAGUGUCGGCGCACAAUGUGCCGCAGAACUAUUCCAGGGACCGGGACAGAGCCACCAUCACGCCCACGGGCCAGGUGGCUGGAGCAGCGGGCGUCCCGAAUGCUGCUGCCAGUGUUGUGGUCGGCGGUCCGCCCACUCCCAACUCCCUGAAUGAGCUGAGUCCCCAUGGCGGAGGAGCGCCCGGAGCGGCGCAGCACAAUCUCCAUCAGAUCCAGCAGGCGCAUCAGUCGAUCCUCCUGGGCGAGACGGGCCAGCAGAACCAGCCAGUGGAGUUCAAUCACGCCAUAACCUAUGUAAAUAAGAUCAAGAACCGUUUCCAGAACCAGCCGGCCAAGUACAAGAAAUUCCUGGAGAUCCUCCACGCCUACCAGAAGGAGCAGAAGGGCAUGAAGGAGGGCAGCCUGAACCAGGUGAAGAUGCUCACCGAGCAGGAGGUUUACACGCAGGUGGCCAAGCUCUUUGGCCAGGACGAGGACCUGCUGCGGGAGUUCGGCCAAUUCCUGCCCGACGCCACCAAUCACCAGUCCGGGCAGUACAUGUCCAAGUCCGCCGCGGUCCACAACGAUCACGCCAAGCGACCGACAGCCACGCUGAGCGGCGGAGCUCACAUAACCAUGUCCUCGGGCUCGCCGGCGCCCAGCGGAUCGCCGCUGCACUUGGGCGGUGGCGCCACAACGCUGCCGCAGAUCGACAACAGCGCCCAUGCCGCGGCCAUCGGCAACCUGUCGGCGGUGAACACCAGCGUCAGCAUCAAAACGUACAACAACAGUCAGCAGCAAAACCAUGUGAUCGGUUCCGGCCUGAAUGCCACGGCCAGGAACGACGUCCUCUACGAGAAGGACUACCAUCCGGGACUGCAACCGCAUCCCCACCAACGGGGCACGGCCAUUGGCAGUCACCUGCUGGCCGGAGCGGCCGCGGUCACCAACCUCGGGCGGCCGGGCGCGGGUGCCAAUGUCAUGGUCUCCUACGAGAAGGAGCACCGGAACAAUCACCAUGUCCAGAAGUAUGUGGGCCACGCGCCCAACCAGAACAUGUCGCACGGCCACAGCACCAAGAAGUCGCCCAGUUACGGAAUUACCUCUGUGAUUGGUUCCAUGCCUCCGCACAUGUCGGACAACUCUCUGGACCGCAGCUCGCCGGGAAUCAGCUAUGCCACGCCACCGCUGCCCACGGGGCUCCAUGGCCAGCAUAACUCCGGCUCGGCGUCGAGGAGGCAGGGCGAUGAUGGGCUGUCCUCGCACUAUGCGAGCGGAGCACCGCCUGCCAAGCGACCAAAGCCAUAUUGCCGGGACGUCAGCUUCUCGGAGGCCUCCAGCAAGUGCACCAUCUCAGACGCCGCCUUCUUCGACAAGGUGCGGAAGGCGCUGCGGAGUCCGGAGGUCUACGACAACUUCCUGCGAUGCCUGACGCUCUUCAACCAGGAGAUCGUGUCCAAGACGGAGCUGCUGAACCUCGUUUCCCCGUUCCUCAUGAAGUUCCCCGACCUUCUGCGAUGGUUCACCGACUUUCUGGGUCCACCGGCGGGUCAAGGUGCCGGCGGGCUGAUCGAUGGCAUGCCCAUGGCCGCCACUCAGCGGCAGGGCGGCGGCGGCGGCGGUGGUGGCAGCAGCAACAGCUCCCAUGAUCGGGCCAGUGGCCAAGGUGCGGCCGAGUACGUCCAGGAUGUGGAUAUGUCGGCGUGCAAGCGUCUGGGUGCCUCGUACUGCGCCCUGCCCCAGUCUACGGUGCCCAAGAAGUGCAGUGGCCGGACAGCGCUCUGCAGAGAGGUGCUGAACGACAAGUAUGUCUCGUUCCCCACCUGGGCCAGCGAGGACUCCACCUUUGUGACGUCGCGGAAAACCCAAUUCGAGGAGACUAUCUACAGGAAUAUUCACAGAACGGAGGACGAGCGCUUCGAACUGGACCUGGUCAUUGAGGUGAACAGUGCCACCAUUCGGGUGCUGGAGAAUGUCCAGAAGAAAAUGUCACGCAUGUCCACCGAAGAGCUGGCCAAGUUCCAUUUGGAUGAUCAUCUGGGCGGGACGUCGCAAACGAUUCAUCAGCGGGCCAUACAUCGGAUCUAUGGCGACAAGUCUGGCGAGAUCAUCCAGGGCAUGAAGAAGAAUCCCUCCGUGGCAGUGCCCAUUGUCCUCAAGCGGCUGAAAGUCAAGGAGGAGGAGUGGCGAGAGGCGCAGAAGACCUUCAACAAGCAGUGGCGGGAACAGAACGAGAAGUAUUACCUCAAGUCCCUGGACCACCAAGCCAUCAACUUCAAGCCCAACGACAUGAAGGCCCUGCGCUCCAAGAGCCUCUUCAACGAGAUCGAGACCCUGUACGAUGAGCGGCACGACCAGGAGGACGACUCAAUGGAGCCGGCCGGACCGCAUCUGGUGCUACCCUACAAGGACAAGACCAUACUGGAUGACGCCGCCAACCUGCUGAUCCAUCAUGUCAAGCGCCAGACGGGCAUCCAGAAGCAGGAGAAGCAGAAGAUCAAGCAGAUCAUCCGCCAGUUUGUGCCUGACCUCUUCUAUGCGCCCCGCCAGCCGCUGAGCGAUGAUGAGCGCGAUGACGCCUUUCAAUUUUUGGUAGAUGACAAUACGAAAAUGGACGUUGACUCGCCUGCCAGCCGGACUGAGUCGGCAGCGGGAGCGGGUGCGGGGCCGGGAGCGAGGAAUGCCGCCGGCAAAGGCACACCCAGCGAAGUCGCUUCCUCGUCGCCGGCUCGCAGCAAUGCCAGCAGCAGUAGCGGAGUGGCGGCAUCGUCGUCCUCCGGAACGGCAAUUAAAAAAGAGACUGACGAUUCAAAGUCAACCAGUGGUGGUGGUGCAACAUCAUCAUCAUCAUCAGGUGCAACAGGAACAGCGGCAACAUCAUCAUCGGUGUCACCGGCGGACGAUGCCACACCAUCGACAUCAUCAGCGGCGGCGGCAGCUGCAGCGGCAGCCUCAUCAUCUGCGUCCACGACCGAGGCCAAGGCCAAGGAUGAGCACCAUUCCUCCCACAGAGAAGAUGCCAGCAGUGCCAGUGCCAGCGGAGCGUCCUCCAGUCCGAAACAAGCCCAGGAUCCAGCGUCAAGCGUCAAUGAUGUGGAGAUCAAGCAGGAGCACCUCUCGGCUGAUUUUGCGAAUCCCAAGCUCUUGCCGCCGCAUGCCCAAGGCCAGCAUGAAGAUGAGUCUUACUCCCUGUUCUUUGCCAACAACAACUGGUAUCUGUUUCUGCGACUCCAUGCCAUUCUCUGCGACCGCCUGCACGUCAUGUACGAGCGGGCGCGCCGGCUGGCCAUCGAGGAGGAGCGCAGCCGGGUGAAUCGGCGCGAGAGCACGGCCACGGCUCUGCGGCUGAAGCCCAAGCCGGAUGUCCAGGUCGAGGACUACUAUCCUACUUUCCUCGACAUGCUGAAGAACGUCCUGGAUGGGAACAUGGACUCGACCACCUUCGAGGACACGAUGCGUGAAAUGUUUGGCAUCUAUGCCUACAUCUCCUUUACACUGGACAAGGUCGUUUCCAAUGCCGUGCGGCAGCUGCAGUAUUGCGUCACGGAGCGGGCCGCCUUGGACUGCGUGGAGCUGUUCGCCAACGAGCAGCGGCGUGGCAACACUGGCGGAUUGUGUCGGGAUGCCUACAAGACCUUCGACCGGGAGAUGACGUACCAGCGCAAGGCGGAGAACAUGAUGAACGACGAGAACUGCUUCAAGGUCUACAUUUACAAAAUCGAUUGUCGGGUAACCAUAGAGCUGCUCGACUCGGACCCCGAGGAGGUGGAGAAGCCGGCGGUGCUGAAGGCCCAAAAGUAUAGCAAAUAUGUGGAGAGAUUGGCGAAUCCUGCCCAUGGCGGUGGUGGAGGCGGACCAGGCGGCAAUAGUUCUGGCGGCAACAACAACAACGAUAACACUGUCGAGGCGUCCGACAUAAAGACCGAGGAGGAGGAAGAUAAUGCCGAGCUUGGUCGUGGUGGCGGUCCGGCCGGAGGAGGAGCUCGCAAGGCGCGCUUUCUGCUGCGCAACAAGCGCCGGUCGCAGCUGCACGAGGAGCAAGUGCGCCAGUUGUUUGAACAGAAACGUCAUCGCAGCGAGCAGGUGAUAACAGCGACCACCACGUCGGGAGAAGGUAGCGGGGAGAAGACCAGUUCCGCAGCCAACCCCACAGGCAAUAACAAUAACAACAAUAGCUGGGGCAGCAGCAGUGGCGGGAAACGUCUGCCGGAGAGACUCGGUGCACCGCAGGUGGGCCUGGCCGAGCAGUAUGCGUUCAAUGACCGCGACGAGAUCAGCACCAAUGCCAGCAAUGGACGAUGUUUUGUGACCAGCAAGAAUCUCAAGCUACUCAAAUACGAUGCAGUGCGUCGUGCCAAGAAGAGCCAUUGUCGAGUCACCCAGGCGAAGUACGCUCGCUUCAAGACCUUCGUUGGCAAGUGGCUGCAGCAGAACGUCAGCGAUCAGUUGCAACAGAACUGCAAUGACUGGCUGCUGGGCAGAAUGGCGGACCAGAUCAACGCCAGCGGUUGGGGAGCUGCCAGCAAAACCAAGUCCGUGCCGCAGAAGGACACGACAAAGACACCCUAUCGCAUAUACACCAGGUACAAGGUGGUGCAGGGAGCAGUUAGCGGCUUGAGUUCAGCAGCGAAUGGCGCCGGAGCUGCUCCAACGCCCAACUCCACGGCUCCAACGCCCGGUGCGGCAACAGCGGUGGCCACUGUGCUGGCAUCGCCGGCCGUAUCAUCCUCGACCACCAAUAGCAUUGCCGACUCGACGACCUCCAGUGCGACACCGCAGCAGCAGCAGCAUUGCAACAGUGCGGCGGCAGCAGCUGCGGGUGCCAAUGCCAAUGCGGAGGCACUGCAACAGGUGCGGCCGAUGGAAAGCUAACCGGCAAGAACGGCAACCAUAGCUUGGUCGCAGGCAUUCACAUGACGUUAAAACCCAAAGUAUAAGGAAUGCAAUAAUGCAAAGAAAAAUUUAUUUUAAAAUGUGAUACCAGUUCCUGGACAGCGGUCGUCAAGAUGGAACCCUAACCGACUGUUGCAGGCUCGGCUUUACAUUGGAAACUGGACAUUGGAUGGAUGAUAUUUUAUCGAGAGAAUGCGAAAGAAAGCUUCAUUUUGUACAAAAAGUCAUUUACUCUUAGGUGUUUUGCUCCGAAAUAGGAAUUUUAUAGGCGUACUUUGCUUAACUUUUAGAAUUAGUCUUUCCUCCUCCCGUUUUAUUAAUGCGCUUUAGCAUUAGUGUCUUUAUCGAUAGGAAACCAGACAACCUUACUAUGCAAUCGCAAACCCCAUAAUAAGUCAGAUACAUAAAAAUAUAUAUAUAUUUUUAGAGUUUUGUGCACUACAAACACGAAAUCGAAACCGAAACCGAGACAGUUGUGCUAGUUAUUAGGAGCCAGGAGACACGAUGUCUGUUUAGGUAUAUAGUUUUUAAAGAUUUUUUAUAUAAACACCUUAGCACUUUUACUUUUACUUUUACAAUAGAUGUAUCGUAUUUUUUAUACAAAACAAAAACACCCAACACAAAACCUUGUACAAUUCCUUGUGAAUACUAUUGAUUAUAUUUUAGGCGCUAAGGUCAUAAUUUUAAGUUGUAAAAAAGUAAAAGCAAAUUAAAACAAAAAGUUUAUCAAAAGUGAA